UAUUCUUGGUCACUAGUGCGUUUUUACGCACAGCGGCACAAUGAGUGUGUGGACGCCUCGGCGCGUUCUCUUGAUCUCGCUCUGCCUCUUUCUGUUUUUAAAUUGUUUGGGCACAGUGUUCACUUUCGAGCUGACACUGCUUCACACCAACGACAACCAUGCACGGAUCGAGGAGACCAGCGAGGACUCCGGGAAAUGUUCACCCAGGGGUCCAUGCUUCGGUGGGGUCGCCAGGCGGUUCACUAAAGUAUCGGAGAUCCGGAAAAUGGAGAAGAACGUGUUGUUUCUGGAUGCCGGAGACCAGUUUCAGGGAACUGUCUGGUUCAACUACUACAAAGGCAGGGAAGCAGCGCACUUCAUGAACAAACUCGGUUAUGAUGUCAUGGCGAUUGGAAACCAUGAGUUUGACAAUGGAGUGGAAGGUUUGUUGAAGCCCUUCCUCCAGAUGGUAAACUGCUCUGUGGUGAGUGCCAACAUAAAACCUGACCAGACUCUGGCCGCAGAGCUCAGUGGCUACUACAAACCCUCCACAGUCAUCACUGUGGGUUCAGAGAAAGUGGCUGUGGUUGGCUACACCACUGCAGAGACUCCCUUCUUAUCCAUGCCAGGCCAGCACCUAAAGUUUGAGGAUGAGGUGGAAGCUCUUCAGGUUCAAGUCAAUAAGCUCAAAAGCUUGGGCUGUAAUAAAAUCAUUGCUCUGGGCCACUCUGGCUUUGAUGUGGAUCAAGACAUUGCCAAGAAAGUGAGAGGAGUUGAUGUUGUUAUUGGAGGACACACCAACACAUUCCUCUAUACUGGAAAGCCCCCAUCCACAGAGGUUCCAGCAGGCCUAUACCCCUUUAUGGUGAAGUCUGACGAUGGGAGAAACGUGCCAGUGGUCCAGGCUUAUGCCUUUGGGAAAUACCUCGGAUACCUGAAAGUUACUUUUGAUGAGGCUGGGAAUGUCAUAAAAGCUGCUGGAAACCCUAUCCUGAUGGACAGCAGCAUUCCUCAAGACCCAGGUGUCCUCGCUGACAUAGAGGAGUGGAAGAAAGACUUGGCUCAGUACUCCUCACAGUAUGUCGGACAGACAUUGGUCUACCUCAAUGGGACGUUUGAGGAGUGUCGAUUUCGGGAGUGUAACCUCGGAAACCUGAUCUGUGAUGCCAUGAUUUAUCACAAUAUAAGGUACUCAGAUGAGCUGCAGUGGAAUCAUGUUGGUAUAUGUAUGCUGAAUAGUGGGGCUAUACGAACAUCUAUAGAUGAGCGCUACAAAAACGGUUCCAUAACUAUGGAGGACAUCCUCACUGUAUUACCAUUUGGAGGAACCUUUGACUUGGUCCAGAUAAAAGGAUCAACAGUGAAAAAGGCUUUUGAACACUCGGUUCACAGAUAUGGAACAAAGUCUGGAGAAUUUCUUCAAGUCUCAGGCAUUCAGGUAGAGUACGACCUCUCCAGGUCAGUGAACCAGCGUGUAGUGUCUCUGUCCAUGCUCUGCACUGAGUGCCGCGUGCCCAAGUAUGAACCGUUAGAACUUGGUAAGACAUACACGGUGGUCAUGCCUUCAUACAUGGUGAGCGGAGGUGACAGCUUUACCAUGAUCAAGGAUGAGUUGCUAAAGCAUAACACAGGUGAUAUGGACAUCUCUGUUUUUUCCAAAUACAUCUCGGACAUAAAGCGUGUGUACCCUGCAGUGGAAGGCCGGAUCAGAUUCAGGAACUCAGCUGUCUUCACAACCUACAGCCUUGGAUUGUUGCUGCUUUGUUUAUUUCUGUCCCCAACCCUCUGAUUGUCUUUGUGCACUCACGGAAACUGUGAUUAACUUAAGGGCAAGUUUGAUUGCUUGGAAAUACCUACGGGACUUGGUUGGCUGCUUUUCCAUCUCACUGCCUUCAAGGAUAAAUAGAAGACAACACAAAUGCAGGCUCAGGGUAGAUUCAAUAUCCGGGUAGGAACUUAUUUUAUCCCACAAAUCAGCUGAUAUUACCCAUACAGCAAGAUGAACACAUUAAAUAUGAAAAGAACAAAAAUGUAUCGGACAUUAACAAAUACUGUUGUAAAAAGUGCAUGUAGUAUAAUUUUAGUAACAUCUCUGCAAGUAUGAAUGGCAUUUUCUUGCGUGUCUAAAGAAAAUGGAAAAAGUGCCAUAUUAUAUCUAAAAUCCAAGACAAUGCUUGACUAGAGAGAUCUGAAAGAGCCCAAAGACUGCAAGGCACUGUCCGUCCUCUGGGUGAAAUAAUGAACAAAGGGAAAGCUGUCUGGCAGCUAUAACUCUCUCAGGAAUGAACAGAGCACUGUGACAGCUCGUCAAACCUAACAUUUUUAAAGAAUUAUAUUUCCUUAGCUAUUUGAUUACAUUCAAGUUAUUGACAUUAUUAUUAGUAUUGCAACAGCAAAAGUGUUGUACAUAUGAUUGGUAAAUCUGUAAAUUUCUGUUUUCUGUCCAGAUUAGAGUUGUCACAGAGCAACUUGAUGUUGAUGUUGCCCCUCCCUUUACCUCCCCCCUCACCAAAAUUCAAAAAUGCAACACUGAAUUAGCCAUUAGAGUCCCCCAGUCCCCCACCUCAGGGGGACAUGGGGCUUAGCAGAGUUUGGGAGACUCACUGUGGUGAAUAUGAUUACAAAAAAAGAAAAAAAGCAAGACUUUAUUGUGAGGUGGCAUUGCUGUAGCAGAUGAGGCAUUCACAUAGGGUGCUUAAGUAAAAAUAGAAACACCACAGUGUGCUCUCAGUGUGAAACAGAAAGUGAAAGUCAUUCAAGUUUCACUACAGCUAUAACCACCUGCAGCUGUCAAACAUAUCUACACAUUUUUUGCUUUAUAUUAAAAAAACAAUCACAAGGAACACUGAUCUAUCAUUUAUUUAUAUAAUUUAAAAUACAAAGUAAAUGAAAUAUACAGCAAGAGACGCCUUGUGUUUCCAGGUAAUAUAUACACAUGCUCUACAUGUUAGUUUGGUUAGUCUUUGCAGUAGUGUGGGAUGAGUUACGUUAGCUCAUGUCCAUUGAACUGUUCAUUUUACAUCCAUGGAGCCAUCACAGAGGUCUCCUUCUGUACCUGCUAACAAAAGCAUAGAGAGAGAAAGAGAGCACAAAAAUAGGUGUUCUUUUAUAUAGAGAGCAUAAAUUAUUACCUAUAGUUUCAGAUAAUACGUAAUGACCAUAAUUAUGUAAUUAUUCACAUCUGAUUUGAAGAUUUAAGUAUAGAACAAUGCAUGCGAGUAUUAUGCUACUAUUCAUUACACAAUGAUUAUACUGAUUUAUGGAAAAAAUAUAUUAUGUAUGUUAUUAAUAAAAGUAUACGAACAAUGAG